AUGAGGAAAACCAAGGUGGUGAGAAUAUGUGUCUUGUUUAGGGCAUCUGUGGCCAUGGCCAACCCCAACAUGUACUUCCAGAUUGCCUUUGAUAACAGGCCCCUGGGCCGGAUUACUUUUGAGCUCUUUGCAGACAAGAUUCCAAAGACAGCAGAAAACUUCCAUGCUGUGAGCACCGGAGAGAGGCGAUUUGGUUACGAGGGAUCCUGCUUCCACAGAAACAUUCCUGAGUUCAUGUGCCAGGGUGGUGAUUUCAUAUGCCAUAAUGGCACUGGUGUCAAGUCCACCUAUGGGGAGAAAUUCGCUGAUGAGAAUUUCAUCCUGAAGCAUACUGGUCCUGGCAUCUUGUCCAUGGCAAAUGCUGGACCCAACACAAAUGGCUCCUGGUUUUUCAUCUGUACUGCUAAGACUGAUAGGUCGGAUGGCAAGCAUAUGGUCUUUGGCCAAGUGAAAGAAGGCAUGAACAUUGUGGAAGCCAUGGAGCAUUUCUGUUCUCGGGGUGGCAAGACCAGCAACAAGAUUACUAUCGCUGACUGCGGACAGCUCUCCUAA